GUUGUUUUUCGCUAACUUUCCUUUGAACGUAGACCGUUGCAGAGAAUGGGUGCGAAUAACCGGUAAUGAAGAUCUUCCUAAUUUGCCUAUAGAAAAAUUACAUACUAGAAAGCAUUUAUGUGGCCUCCAUUUUAAAGACACGGAUUUGAACAAGAAACGAAAUCGCCUCAAGAAACGUGCUGUGCCUUGUUUAAAUUUGACAUCUGCCCCACUACGUGAUGAUCAGUUAUGUGAAUUUCCACUGCGUACGUGGAAGCCAAGUGGUACAGCAGAGGUUCAUGAGACGGGUAUAAAUAAGCAGGUCGAAGAUGAAGGUGCUGUAAAAGAGGACGUUCCUCCCGGAACUGCUAUUCAAAAGCACCCGAUCACCAGAGCUGCUGUUCCAGGGGAACUGUUUCCAGAAGUACCAAAUGAAGUGUACGCAACUUGGGUUAGCCCUACCACGGAGGGUCCAAAGUUAUGGCAGAAAAGCAUCAUGGAUUCUUGUGCCAUAGGUACAGUGGAGGUUCCACCGUAUGUUGUGAACGAGCUGGUUCUUGAUGACUCCCUACUGAACGUCGAAGAUGAAGGUGCUGUGAAAGAGAAUGCUGCCCCUAGAAAUACUAUUCAGAAGGACCCGUUCUCCAGUGCUCCUGUUCAGAAGGAACUGGUUCCAGAAGUACCAAUUCAAGAGGACCUUAACCCAACCAAGGAGGGUCCAUACUCAUGGCAGAAAAGCACCGUGGUUUCUUGUGACACAGAAGAGGUUAUGACGCAGUCUCAGGUCAUUGAUGACGACGUACUACUGUACGACGACACGCCACAUCGCACGCAUGGAAAAUUCACAGAAACUACAAAUGAAGUGGACGAGUUAAAAUGCAAUUUAUGUGAAAAUAUUAUAAAAGGUGGGUUCCGGUACUCGUGCGUCCAGUGCCCCGACUUCGACCUGUGCGGCGCGUGCGAGGCGAAGGGCGCGCACCGGAUGCACUACGUGCUCAGGUCGCCUGGCACCAAGGACGUCAGCGAAGUGCAGUUGAUGCUACGUCUGUUCCGGCAGGCGCUGCUGGUCGACUCCAUCGUCCCGCUAUUUGACCACUCCGACCGGCUGGAGGGCGAAAUCAAAGAAGAAGUCGUGGAGGAACCGCACCACGAACACAGUGAAGAGGACGACCCUCUUUCGUCCGAAAUCAACCUUUCUAAGCAGACGCACGGACACGGGAAAGAGGACGACCCUCUUUCGGUCGAAAUCGCCUCUCCCGAGGCUACAAUACAGGAGUCAAGUUUAGACGAGUGCUGGGACACAGAAUCUACCGAGUCCGAAGAAAAUGAACCUCCACCGAAGAGAGCAGCACCGUCGAAAUUCUAUGCAGCUAAUACUAUAUCAAGACCUAUGAUUAUUAAUAAAGACAACCUAUCGUCAUCAUGUGUUCGUAACAAAUUACUCAAUAUGCAAAAACUAAAAUCACUUACACCUGUAUCGGAUAUAAAUAGGCAAAUCCCAAAAAAUCCCCCGAAACGGUCACUAAUAGUCAAACAUAUUCCAGCGAAUUCGUUACCAUUAACGGAAUUAUCAUCACAGCAAAUUCGCAAAGUGAAUAACCUUGUAAGCAUGGAGGCCCCCAAUGGCCAACAUUCUACGACCGACAGAGCUAUACCAGAGAAUAAAGAAUAA